CACUCCAGCACCACACUCCAGCCUGGGUGACAGAGCAAGCCUCUAUCUAUAAAAAACAAACAAGAAAUACUGGUACUGAUCAUUUUCAACAUUAUAUAUCUUCAGCCUACGCCUCUGUCCGGAACUCCAGACUCUUAGAUCCAAGUGGCUGCCCAAGUUCUCCUCGGAUGUGUAAUGAACUUCUCAAACAUACUGUGUCCUCAAUGAGCCCCUCAAAUCAGUGCCACCCUCAGGGUUCCUAUGCCAGCUAAUGGCAGCUCCAUCCUUCCCAUUAUUCACGCCAGAAACGUUGGAGUCAUCUCUGACUCCUCUUUUUCUCUCCUGCCCACAUCCAAUCCAUCAGCAAAGUCCAGUUGGCACUUCUUUCAAAAUGCACCCAGAAUUUGAUCACUUCCCGACAGGUGCACCCCCACACACACUGCCACCAUCACUCACAGGGAUUGCUGCGACAGUGUCCUCACCGGUCUCCCUGCUCCCCCCUUUUCCCCAUAGUCUUUUCCCAACACAAUAUCCAAAGCUGGCUCAGAACUCUCUCUGGUUCCCCCUUUCAUUUGGAGGAAAAGUCCAGGCCUCCUGUGACCCAGUCCCACAUUGUCUUUCUGACUAUAGUUCAGUCACUCUGCUCCAUCCCUAUUUAUUGGCCUCUUUGCUGUCCCCUGAACAUGCCUACCACCUUCCAGCCUCAGGACCUGUGCACUUGCCGUUUCCUCUGCUUAGAAUGCGCCUCCUCCAUUGUAGGCAAAAUGCUAAAAUGCCUCUGUGAUUCCCACCCCCUGCUAUCCACACCUCUGAGUAAUCUUCUCCUACUUCAUGUGGGUGGGACCAUAACUUUCUUCUAACCAUUAGAAAAAUAUGGCAAAAGAGAUGGGGUAUCAGCCCCAUGAUCAUGCUACCUUCUAUGGCAGAGGUGGAGGGAUUGUGCAGAUGUAAUGAAAGGCCCUAAUCAAUCUGUCUUUGAGUUAGAAGUGCGGUGACGCUGGUGGAACUGACCUAACCAGAUGAGCCCUUGGAAAGGGGUUCAGGUCUCACAUCGACUUAAAGCAGAGACUUUCUGUUGCUGACCUUGAAGAAGCCUCUCGGAGCGUGACAGCUGCAAGGAAAUGAAUUCUGCCAACAGUCGCCUGUGCUCAGGCCAGGACUGCAGCCUUGGGAGGCCUGAGCGGAAGGCCCAGCUCAGCCGUGCCCACACAGCGAUGAAAUCAGCCAAUGCUGUUUUAAGCUGCUAAAUUUGUGGCAACUUGUCAGACGGCAAUAGAAAACAAAUGCCCCUCAGAUCACCACGUGGCUUCUCUCCUCAUCUUCACAAAGACGUCUGCACUGUCCCUAACCCUGUUUCUCCACAGCACUCGCUAAUCUACUGCAACACACUUAUGGGUACUGCAAUCUGUUUACUGUUCAUGUCUGUGUCCUUACCUACUGAAAUCCGUUUAUUGUUCAGCACCUCUCCUCCUGCGAUCACAUUAACAUAAGCCCCAGGAGGGCCGGGAUGUUCGCCUGUUUCAUUCGCUGGUGUUGCCAAGCAUCUGUAAGGGGACCCGGCACAUCUUUGCUGAGGAGCUGUUCAACCUAUGAAGGAAGGUGGGCUAGAUGGGGCACCCGGUGCUAUGGUAAUUUAUGCGCAUGUGUUAGCCUGGGUGAGGUCAGUGUGCCCACAGGUUGGGCGGAGGCCUCUCUGGGGCUGCCGCUGGGGUUAAGGCCUUGGCCUUCUAGGCCUGGAAUGCCAAUGAGCUAAUAUUGGGAAGACAAGAGCUGCUGCUGAUUUGUAAGCCAGGUUGGCCUGCCCCAGCUCCUCAGUGCUGGACAGCUCAUGCUGGUGACUCAGGAUCAGUGACUUCCAGUCAGAUGGGCCCCUUCAGCCCAGCACCUUCCUUGCAGAAGGUCACCAAGAGUGCAGGAGGGUCUGGGGCUGUCCCAUUCUCCUUUCCGGGGGUGCAGGGGGCACUGGGGGACUGGCCCUGCUGAGGCUGGACAGUCCGACACUGGUUCUCAUUUCCUCUGUGCUACUGCAGGUGCAGUGCCCUGGGGAGCAGGCUGAGAUGGAGUUUACCAAACAGCAUGUUUGUUACAGAGGACCCUGGGGACCACACCUUUGGAAGGGAGGGGGUAGACACAGAUGCAGGCAGAGGGAGAGCUGCCACACAGAUCUCAGCGAACCCCAUGGGGAGCUCCGAAGCUGAAAUGCUCCUGCAGAGCUGUCCUGCGUGUGGGCCAAAUGGACCACUGGAUGUCACUGGAUGUAGGCCACCUGGGAAGGGUGUGGCCCUGUGCCAGGUGGCUUUCUGCAGCUACAUCAGGCCCUGGAGGGGCUGCCAGCUGGGGGCCACCUGCAGACCAUACUCCCAGAAGCUGGGAGGCAAGUGCUUUGGUGAAGGGAGAUCUGGGCAGUGCAUGUCCUUCCUUGUCCACGACAUUGACCGGCACUUCUUCCCCUGAGGCAGUCUGUCUGUCUUUAAAAACUGAUUUUCAUUUUGAGAUAUAUUAAAAAUGCAUAAAAAGCCACAAAAUGUUUUUAAAUGCAGAAAACAAGAAAUCAGAUUACGAAAGAAACCGAUUAUAUUUAUAUUCAGGUAUCAAAAUGUUAAGAUACAUUUUGAUUUUGUUGUAAUAUGUGCUUCUUUACUUAACAGGCAGCAAGAUCUAGUGGCUGCCGAAUAGCCGCAGUAAUUUCGCAGUAAUGCUGAGUGUAAGCAACGUUCAGAGACAUUUGCAACAGCUGCCACAUGAUGGCGGUUACCUGUUACUUCCAUUCCUGACAGAGGCGCAGGUAUUGGCAAUCCCACUGCGCUUGAAGGAAAGGUUGAUGAUUCAGUUACAGGUUAAAGAAAGAUGGGAUCUUGUCUCAUCCAAGUCCCAGGUGCAGGGAAGUGAGUGUUGCUGUGAGUUGCAGGUUGGGGAGGUUUUCUGGAAAUUUGGGCUCAAGAAGAAGAAACCUGCCUGACAAGGGUAGAUAUGUGUGGUGGCCCAGGAGGGUGGGCAGAGAGUCCAGUCGGAGUGUCUUCCUGCCUGGAAUGGCCCCAGUGUCCACUUUUACCACCCCUCUCAAGUCUUAGUUGGGCUGCACCCCACCGCCUCCCCAAUUCUCCCUGUCCUACUCUGUGGCCCUGGCCACCGCAGCCUGUUACAUUCUGCAUGGCGCUCAACCAUAUGCCCAGAUCAUUAGUCCACGGGGUGACCUUGACCCCAGGCCAAGCCCUGCAAAUGAGGGGGCAUGCCUUGUGCGCACAUGGCCUGACCCACAGCGACCCACUGUGACCAGUCAUACGACAGACCUCUUAGACAGAGCUUGGCCAGCGCGGUGCCCAGACAUAAAAAGGCCAGACCGUAGAGACGGCCACCAGCCACCAACCUCGGACCCAGGGCGCCUGCACCAUGGCCGGCCCCAGCGUCGCCUGCUGCCUUCUGGGCCUCCUGGCGCUGACCUCCGCCUGCUACAUCCAGAACUGCCCCCUGGGAGGCAAGAGGGCGGCGCUGGACCUCGAAGUGCGCAAGUGCCUCCCCUGCGGCCCCGGGGGCAAAGGGCGCUGCUUCGGGCCCAGCAUCUGCUGCGCGGACGAGCUGGGCUGCUUCGUGGGCACGGCCGAGGCGCUGCGCUGCCAGGAGGAGAACUACCUGCCGUCGCCCUGCCAGUCCGGCCUGAAGCCCUGCGGGAGCGGGGGCCGCUGCGCCGCCGCCGGCUUCUGCUGCGGCCCGGACGGCUGUAAGUAUGACCUCGACUGCAACCCAGACGCUGCCUUCUCCCAGCCUUGAACACAGAUGGCUCCGGAUACCCUCAGAGUGUACCCUCGCUCCCCCAUCGCCACCCCAGAAAUAAUGAAAAUAAAGCAGAUUU